UACCAGUCUUUGGGUAAGCGUCAUUUUUGUGCGAAGUGCAAUGCGUGUGUGCACUAGCAACGCAGAUCGUCGCUGGAAUUUCACGUGAAUUGACGGAAUUCUGCAGGGUUUCCGACAAAUUCUUGCAUGGGGUGAAUGGUAACCGACAUUAUUCACAGCAGCUUGUACAAUGCAAAGGAGUCUAACUCAUCCUUAAGGGAAAAUGGCCUAGGCUAUGGCGCAGCAGUCAGCACAGCUCUCAGAAAGAUUACGAUUGGCUGCCAGUAAAGGGCAGGUGGAUUACAUCAGAGAUCUGGUCCAAUCAGGAGCUGGCUUUAAUGCAGACAAGUAUGGACGGACGGCUCUCCACUACGCAGCCAACUAUGGCCAGGCUGAGACAGCCAAGCUGUGUGUUCACCUCGGCUGUGAUCUGGAUGCACAGGAUGUUUAUGGAUGCACCGCUUUGCACAGGGCUGUAAUAGAUAACCACAUAGAUGCGGUCAGAGCAUUACUGCUGGAGGGGUGUGCAGUGGACAGACAAGAUGAGAAUGGCAAUACUGCCUUACACGAGGCCACCUGGACUGGAUACGACGAGAUUGUGCUGGCGUUAGUCAAACAAGGAAAGGCUAACCUACAUGCCAGCAACAAGCAUGGUAAUAAGCCUCUGCAUCAAUCCUGUCAGAAUGGCCACAAUGAAACUACACGGAUACUCCUCAGAGCUGGCUCACACCCAAACAUCAAGAAUAACAACGCCGAGACUCCAUUACACAUCGCCGCACUGUUUGGCCACAUCACCUGCUGUAGGAUCCUAAUAAGCGCCAACUCCAACGUUAAUGUCACUAACUCGGAAGGGAACACAGCAUUGCACGUAGCUGCUGGACUAGGAAAGAAGAAAAUAUCCAAGAUACUGAUUGAAGCAGCCAGUGACCUCACCAUUCAAAAUAAUAAUGGAGAAACUGCAUUGGAGUUAGCAAGAAAGAAUGACCAUGCUGAAGUUGUCAUGCUGAUAUUGUCUGCAAUGAAGUUUCAGAAAAGCAAGUCUUCCAACCAUCACCACCAUCACCGCCACCACAGCACCUCCCCUCACAAACCCCCAGCCACAAACCAUGACAAAGAGGGUGCCAGACCGGAGACAACUCAGCACCGCAGACACAGACAGGAUGUGGAGGUUGCCGAUACCAUCAAGCAAGACCCAGGCCGCACCCGAGGCAGAAGAGAACUGAGAGAGCAAGAGAUUAAAGAAGACAAAGAGAAGACAUCCGCGAAGAACCAACACAAGAAAGACGGUGACGAACAGAAGAAGCAGACGGGCAAACCGUCCUCACUGGCCAAAAAGCCGACCCUUGCCACCAACCAAUCACAACGGAAGCAAGUUACUUUCGUCAAGGAAGAGCUUAGAAACGCAGUGUUAUGGGAAAAACAACUCCAUCAACAUAUCCACAGCGUGAAGCUUACGGAAGGCAAGAGCGUAGGUCAUCACCAUCGACACAAGCAUCAUCAGAAAUGUUUGUAUAAGGAUGAGAAUGGCCACGUCACUAAGGGUAUGACUACCACCUAUUGCACCUGCUCCAUCUACAUCCACAAACUUCAGAACCAGCUGGAGGCAAGCAAGGAGAAAAUGAUGUACGAAAUCGAGACAACGAGGGCGCAAUUCCAACACCAGCUGGGUACAUUGGAUAAGAAGCUGACGCACCAAGGCAGCUGUAUGGAUCAACUUUGUAAGGAGCGUGUCGCAUCGGAACGAACUGAGUGCCUGCAUCGCAUCGACCGCCGUAUGCUUCAAGAGAGGGCGCUGUGGUCCGAAGAGUACGAGCGCAGGCUCAGCUACGUGCGUGAGGAGCUGCGCCGUCACUUUGAGGUUCGUUUGAGAACGGUGCAGCAGCAGUUGGCGGUGUAUUAUCCCCCGGACCAGAGGCAGCCGCUGCAUGGCAAUCCGUCCGGGUUUGAUAGGAUCUCGGAAGGAACUGAGGACUCAUCAGGAUCAGAUCCCAACUCACGACAGAGAACAAAGCCUGAGAUUAAGGGUCCUAGCGGGAGGAUGAUCGCAAGGAGAAGACAGUCUCCAAGUCCGAAUCGUAAUGCAAGAGUCGCCAGUGCGGACGGGCGACUCGUACAAUCAAACCACCAAAGACAAAACGGAACGAUGAACUAUCACAUGAAUGGCGAUCAUCCACAGGAAUCGUACCCAUCAAGUUAUUCAGAGGAUAACGGGAGGUCACGCACGGUGAUACGUGGACCCCCACCCAGGGGCAGGAGGACCGGCAGUUUCACAAGAGCAGUGCAGCAGCCGAAUACAUCUUCAAAUGCUAAAUUCCAUGACGACCAAUCAGGGAAGGAGCUGGUAUCUGCCACGUAUAUCCCUCCCAUCGCCCAUCCCGAUCUUCCGCAGACAUCCAAACCAAGAGAACCGGAGAGUGCAGUGGUUGCUGCCAGUUUCAAUUUCAAGACGGAUUCCAGUGAGGAUGAGUCAUCCAGUGGCAGCACAAUCUCUCUGCAGACUGUAUCUCGCCGUCCCAUCAUGUCAAACCAUUCCGAUAUGCAAUCCAGGAGAUCUGAGCAAAACUCGGAUCCGCCAGAUACCUCCGACAACCGCCCCUUCCAGCGACUUUCAAAGAUUGCUUUGGAGCAAAAGGCCGAGUUUGACAAACAGCAGGGACAGCAUAUCAAAGCCCCCGGACCAUCCCAGGAUGCAUUGGGACAGCAAUCCCACAAUGCACCAUCUUGGCAUAAAACCGAGACCAACAACAACAGCACCUACGCAAAAUUAACGCAUGCUUCUUUAAGGCAGGCCUACGGCACCGAUUCCAAUGUUACUACAAAACCGUUGCCUAGCAACCAGGUAUCCAAUCAGGCGACUCCAGAUUCGAUCUCGCCAUCCUCAUCCCAGUACUCGCCCAAUCAGUGCGGAUAUUCCAAUUCCUCAUCCGGGGUGUCGUCAGGCGACGCGGCUACCGCGUCAUCUGCCCGAUCUCGUCGCAACCCCAUCGACGACGUCUUGAUCCGCGCAUUCGCCAUGGACCGUGAGAAGCGAACACUGAGCAACUCAAACGAUAGACCCGGCAUCGUCAGGGUAGACUUCCCCAAGUCAACUGAGGAUUCCAAACCGUCUGCUUAUGUCAAGGGAUUUACAAGAUCUGAAGCCAGCCAGCCAGGCAAUCUUCAGCCGAAAUCUUCAAGGAAAACCCACGAACUUCAAAUAUAAAUCCAUCAUAUCGAUUAAUUGGCAUCACUUAAGGAUUUCUUACUGCACAGUACACAUGAGCCUGUAAGGCCAACUGAGAAUUUGUGUAUCGUUAAAAAUCAAAACCAGUUAUCAGUUAUGACGUCUAAAUCAAAUUUUUCUUCAAGAAAUUAACGUCAUUGUACCAAAGAUGUCCUGUUUGAUAUCUGUUAUACAUUUGCUGAGUUUUCAGGUGUGCUAUCACUAUUUUUAAAGUACUGAUUGAAUAUUGGUCAUUCUAUAAAUUUAGGGUCCAACUUGAAAGAGGGACAUUUUUUCCUGUCCCCGUUACCUUAGUGAUUUAUCAAAUACUCCCAAAUCCUCCUUGCAAAAUGGAGGAUUUUGCAGGAUUGAGGAUUUGCGGCAAAAAUGUGUAGCUGAUUUUGUAGGAUGCACUGUGUCAAGGUCUUGGGC